AUGGCGUUGCAACAGUCCAUGAAGCGAUUCACUCGCUCUAUCAACAGCAAAUACAUCUACGGACGGGUUCCUCUCCUCCACACCAUCGUCUUCCUCAUCGAGAUGGCGCUCGCUGCUCGGCUCACAGCCAGAUUCAACUCGUACUAUGACGAGCGACCACUGAUGACCAUGAUGGUCACCAACGCCAUCCUUGGUGGUAUUGCCGAUACUGUUGCGCAGACCAUUACUGCCUUUCGACAGCGAUCUCUGCUCAGGCCCAAUGAAAAAGACGACGGCAUGUCUAUCCCCCUCUCCGAUCUCGAUCGCAAGGGCGCCGUCUACGACCGUGGCCUCAUCCCCAACUCCAAGGCCCUGCCUCCCGCUUUCGAUUUCGAGCGCCUGACCCGAUUCAUGGCAUACGGUUUCUGCAUGGCGCCCGUCCAGUUCAAGUGGUUCCGAUUCCUCGAGCGCAUCUUCCCCAUCUCCAAGACCAGCGCCUUUGGACCUGCCAUGAAGCGAGUCGCUUUUGACCAGCUCAUUUUUGCGCCUUUCGGUGUUGGUGUCUUCUUCACAGUCAUGACCAUCGCCGAAGGUGGUGGCCGUCGUGCUGUUACCCACAAGCUGAAGGACAUGUACAUUCCCACCCUCAAGGCCAACUAUGUCGUCUGGCCGGCGGUGCAGAUUGUCAACUUCCGCCUCAUGCCUGUUCAGUACCAGCUUCCCUUUGUGUCGACGAUUGGUAUUGCCUGGACUGCGUAUCUGUCCCUGACAAACGCUUCUGACGAGUAG